CUUUAUUCCCCUUCUCUUACCGCAGAUUAGAUUGAAGCAUCGAUCACGAGAGCUACAGGAACCUGUUGCUCUCCGAAGUGUGUUGCGCGUGCGCCCAAACAAGAGGGUAGCGGUGGAAAAAAAAAAGAAAUCUGACGUAGUUAUGUUGCUCUCUUUCUCCAGUGUUCCUCACACCUAAGCGAAAACUCUCGGAAUCAACAAGUCGCGCGCGGAGCAAAGGAUUACAUACCGUGUUUGUGUUGUGUUUUUUCGGAAGUGAGGAAAAGGCCUUCGCGACGGCCACUAUCAAUUGGGCAGACUUGGACAACAGAUCGCCAUGCUACACGCAAAGCAUGAGCUCACCUCACAUGUAUGAUCCAGCAUUUCCUACGGUGGACGAUUUGAAAGCCAAGUUGAAUAACUUGAGCUCUAAAAAUAACGGUGGAUCUAAAGGACUGUUGGAUUUGUGCGAGGUGCCGGACCUGUCCGACCCGGAACUCUCGUUCGAUCUCCAGAAUAUAAUCGGUCCGGACAACGGUCAUCCAGUAUCGAAUUUGGACGAAUCGUCUAGUCUGUUUACUGAUAUCCUUGUUGAACAACAGCAACAACAGUCUAAAAGGAACCCUUACGGCCUGCAGCAGACGUUUACUUCAUCCAGAUACCCACAGCCCAUGCCACAACAAUCCGCCCUUGGAACUGACCAUUACGGAGCCGAAGCGGGAAUUGGAAUUAAAAGAGAACCCGUGGACCACAUCGAUUUGAGUAGUUGCAGUCAGAGGUCUUCGUACACGAACGGAUCCAGCAUAUACUCCUACUCCCCCAUCACGGAGAGGGCACCCAAUGGUCAGCUAGGUGCCUUCUUACCUAACCUCGGAAGAACUGGCCCCCCGGUGCACAAUGGGGGUUCUAUGAAGAGCCUGUCCCACAAGCACCACAAGAACAAAAAGAAUGUGGACAAGUCGUCUGACGAAUAUCGUCGGAGACGAGAACGCAACAACAUAGCCGUCCGUAAAUCGCGCGAAAAAGCGAAAUUGCGCAGUCGGGAAACCGAGCGCAAAGUGUCCGAGCUUGUGCGAGAAAAUGAUUUCUUGCGCAAGCGUGUUGAACUGCUCACCAAAGAACUUAACGUCUUAAAAUCUCUAUUGGCCAAUGUGGGUGUCCCUCCCGACAGCGUGGACAAUGAAGUGGCCAAAACACUUCACAUGGACAAUUUCCAUGGCAUGCAAGAUCUCUGACCAGUUAUGUGUUCUACUCCAUUAUUUAUUUAAGAGAGAAGUGUGUGCGAUGUAAGAGCAUUCAAUUUUAUUUAUUCUUUUUUUGUGAGCGAUUUUAAUCAAAAUUUGUUCGAAAGCACACCUUUGAUGAAUGCGUGUGUGCCCCAAAUUGGAUAAUCGAAUGUUUUUAGUUAUAAUAAUGAAACCAACGGUAAGUGUCAUCAAAUUCCAUGGACACAACUUUUCUCCAAAUUCUUCCUUCUUGAUUUCUCAUUUACAUAUCAAAACUGGAUAAUUUGCAUUUUGUACCGAUUUUGUGGCAUUAUAUAAUUAAACAUAGUAUUAAGCAUCCUAUUUAUACUGGUU